GGAUUUUGACUUUCCAGCUGCGGGCUUGCAUGUAUAAAGUUGAGACGGCUGAUUCUGUGUCACUCUUGAACGAGACCUUUUUAGGCUUUUGGAGAGUGAAGACAACGUUUAUCGCGUGAUCUUAACACGGGUUCAUCUGAAGGGCAUUAAUUAACCGGUCCUCAUCAAGGUCCCCAAAGGGCAAAAAGCCAGAAGACGCCUCGCCAUACCCAGAGGCCGAUCAACGCAACAAUGCCCGACCUCGCAACAGAAAUUAAGAAGCAGUCACGCCUGCCCUCAGCCACGCACCACGUCAUCGUUAAGCUCGAGACGAUCCACGUGCCGCCUCCAGAGGUCAAUGAUGGCGACCUGGGAGAGAACGUGACGCACGAGGUUAUCGGCUACGAGUAUACCCGGCCCUCGGAGAGCGCUGUCGCGGCGGCGAGGGCGUGGCCUGCGAGUGUGCUCAUUACAACGACUGUACCUAUCAAUAAGAGGACGCUCGGGGAGGCGCCGUAUUUAAAGUGUAUCAUCACUGAGACAGUGGGAACGGAUCACAUCGAUCUGGAGGAGUGCAAACACCGCGGCGUGACCGUCAUAUACUCGCCCAACGCAACAGUCGAAGCCGUUUCCGAGCAUGCCCUCGGCUUGUACUUCUCAUCCCGCAGACGCUUCGUGACGCUCCACAACACAAUGAUGGACCACGCCGAGGGCCGCCCGAACCCCUGGCGCGCAAAGGGGAGCAUGUCCUCCCUCCUUCUCGACAGCGAGGGUCGCCCGCCGCAUACCUGCGGCAACGAGGUGGUGGGGAUGAUCGGCUACGGGCCCAUAGGGCAGCGCGUCGACAAGAUGUGCCGAGCGCUGGGAAUGGAAGUUCUCGUCGCUGCGAGGAAGAGCGAUGCCGCCGGAUCCGCUAUGGACGGUAACGGGAACGGGAACGAAAAUGGGCCCGCCGCCGCGGCCGCCACUCAGCCGAACGGCAACGGAGAUACACACCGCACGCCCUUUGCGGAAGUCCUCCGCCGCGCAACAACCCUCUUCCUCAUCGUCCCGCUCACAGCAGAGACCAAGAACCUCGUCGGCGAAGCCGAGAUGGCGACGAUGAGGCCUGACGCGGUGAUUAUCAACGUCGGACGGGGCGGGACCGUCAACGAGGCGGCGCUAGUGGCGGCGUUGCGGGAGGGGAGGAUCUCGGGGGCGGCAACGGAUGUUUAUGAGGUUGAGCCGGCGGGGAGCGGGCGGGACAGCGUGUUGUUGGGGAAGGAGGCGAAGAGUCUGAAUCUGACGCUGACGCCGCAUCUGGCGUGGUGCGCUGAUCAGACGAGGGUGAAUAUUCGGAGGGUUGUCGGGGAGAAUGUGAGGUUGUUUUUUGGGGGUGCGAAGGGGAGUAACGUUGUGCUUGAUAUGCGAUGAGACACAUGGAUUUCGUCGGGUUAAGGAAUUGGGAGAUGUUUAUCACAUAAAAGUUG